CGGCCCAAUUUUUUUUCUUAUAAGUCUCCCCAGUCCGCAUAAGUUGGCUUGGCUAACUACAGCAGGGUUAUUGGGCGGAAGCAUACAGUGCUUUUAGCCGAUGGUUGGGUGUGAUGUGUGCAACGUCCUGCAUAGAAUUCAGGAGAUAUCUACGGAAAUGUCUAUGUCUACAUGACCACAAUAUAUACUAUUAAUAAGCAUACUAGGAUAUUAUUGCAACCAUCGCGGAUCCAUCUAUAAUAUCUUUUUAAAUCAUGCUAUUUCUGGCGCCCAAUAACCCCGGCUGACUAAUACUCGGGUGCCCCUCCAAAAAAAACUUGCCCCGCCACGGCGAUAGUGGAAUGCAAAGGAACGUUCCCGCCAUUGCUGCUUAAAUUUUCCUGUCGCCUUCAUUUCUGUGUUCUCUGGCGCAAACGGUCCUUUGAUCUUUGUAUUCUUUCAGCACUUCUCUUUCACUGUAAAUCCAACCCAGUGCUUAUACCCCCUUCACAAUGUCCGCCGACGAGAACCAGACUCAGCCCGAGUCGCAAUUCCAAAAGCCCGGUGAUCUGGUGGAGCGCAAUGAUGACACUGGUGUUAUGAGCUUGGAGAGUCUUUGCACCAACUGCCACGAGAAUGGUACCACCAGACUCCUGCUCCUUCGUGUGCCCUUCUUCCGUGACAUUAUCCUCGAAUCGUUCGAAUGCGAGCACUGCCACUUCAAGAACAACUCCGUCAAGUCUGCCGGUCAGAUCCAGGAGAAGGGCGCCAAGUACACCCUCGAAGUUGAGAACGAGACCGACAUGCAGCGCCAGGUCAUUCGCAGUGAUACCUCGAUCUUCAAGCUCGAGACUUUGGGUAUCGAGAUGCCCAAGACCGACGGCCAGAUGACCACCGUCGAGGGUGUUAUCCAGAAUAUUUACGAGUCUCUUUCCAGCGAGCAGCCUCUUCGCAAGGAACAGGCCCCUGAACUCCACGAUGCCCUCGUGCCCAUCAUUGAUAGGCUCAAGAGCAUGCUCGACCGCGAGGGUUACCCCUUCACUGUCUCUCUCGACGACCCUACCGGUAACUCUUGGAUUGCUCCCACCACCGCCGAUGACGUCAAGAAGUACAAGCGCCGCGACUAUCCUCGUACCCACGAGCAGAAUGAACAGCUUGGUAUCGCUGCCGACCCCAACGCUGUGCAGCAUGAAGGUGCCGCCGAAGCCGAGGAGGACGAUAUUAUCGCAGGAAAGGUUUAUAGCCUGCCUUCCGAAUGCCCUGGCUGCAGCAAGGAGUGCUUUACCAACUUCAAGAAACUGGACAUCCCCUACUUCAAGGAGGUGUACGUCUGGGGCACCUCCUGUGAACACUGCGGAUACCGCACCAGUGAAGUCAAGACUGGUGGCGAGGUCCCCGAGAAGGGCAAGCGUAUCACCCUCAGUGUCGAGAACGAGACCGAUCUUGCCCGUGAUAUCCUUAAGUCCGACACCUGUGCGCUCUACAGUGAGCAGCUCGAGGUUACCGUCCAGCCCGGUACCUUGGGUGGUCGUUUCACCACCGUCGAGGGUCUUCUCACCGAGAUCCGCGACCAACUGCGCGGCCAGAUCUACGACAUCGACGACACCACCGGCUCUGGCGGAGACAGCAUGGCCUCCUCCGACAAGGAGAAGUGGGAGCGCUUCUUCAAGCGUCUCGACGCUGCUAUUAGCGGCGAGUUGAAGUUCGUCAUCACCCUCGAGGACCCCAUGGCCAACAGCUACGUCCAAGACCUGUGUGCUCCCGCCGCUGAUCCCCAGAUCAAGACGGAGGAGUACACCCGCACUGAUGAGGAAGAAGAGGAGCUCGGUCUGAAGGACAUGAAGACAGAGGGAUACGAGCAGGAUGCGGAGAACAAGCCUGCCGAAGAGCAGCAGUGAUGCAUUC